AAGAAGCAGCAGCUGAUUGUAACAUGGCCAGUGUUCGGGUGUCCGCGGCGUCCAGGCUGCUGUGGAGGAUUACCGGGGGUGUGAGGGGAUCCAGGGGGGGAUCCGGGGCCCCCAGGACCCCCAGGACCCCCAGGACCCCCCUGGUCCUCCGGGCCGCCGGGGCCGCCCUGCUGGGCUCCGUGUCCGGGACCGGGCUGGUCUGGAUCUCCCGGAACAGAACCAGGACUUUAGUCCGGGCUGAGGAGGAGAAGGAUGCCCCCGCUCCCCUGUCGGCCAGGAAGCUCCGGUUCGUCCAGUUCGCCUCUGUGGUGUUUGAGGACGAGCCGUACAUGACGCCCCGGGACUUCCUGUUCUCCGUCAUGCUGGAGAAAGUGGAUCGGAAACUGCAGAAGAGGAUUCUGACGUCUCAGGAAGUGAACGGCAUGUUAGCAGCCGCCGCUAAAGCUCGUCCUGGAACCGAUCUGUUCAGACUCCUGGGAGACAAAGGUCUGAUUUCCUACACGGAGUAUUUGUUCCUGCUGACGAUCCUGACCAAACCGCGGACCGGGUUCCACAUCGCCUUCCAGAUGUUGGACGUGGACGGGAACGAGCAGGUCGACAAGAAGGAGUUCCUGAAGCUGAAGAAAAUCAUCGGCAAAAGCAAAGUCAGAAGUCCGGAGAACGUUGUUGAGAAACCAGCUGAGGACGGCGACGGCGUCAACACGACUCUACAAGCUUAUUUCUUUGGGAAGAGAGGAGACAAGAAGCUGCAGUACCAGGAGUUCCGCAGGUUCAUGGAGGAGCUGCAGGCCGAGGUCCAGGAGAUGGAGUUCCUCCAGUUCUCCAAGGGCAUGGACACCAUGAGGAGGGAGGACUUCGCCGAGUGGCUGCUGCAUUACACCAACGAAGAAGACAACGAGGUUUACUGGGAGAACAUGAGGAAGAAGAUCCCGGCCGGCCAGAGCAUCACCUUCGACGAGUUUAAAGCCUUCUGUCUUUUCACCAACAACCUGGAGGAUUUUUCCUUCUCCAUGAAGAUGGUGACGGGGGCCAACCGGCCCUUCGGACUGGCCCAGUUCAAGCGGGCCGUGAAGAUCGCCACGGGCCACGAGCUGUCGGACAACGUCCUGGACACGGUGAUCAAGCUGUUCGACAUGGACGGAGACAACCGGCUGAGCCACAAGGAGUUUAUCGGGGUGAUGACGGACCGGGUGCUGCGGGGGCUGAAGGUCCAGCCCCAGAACGGCAUCUCCGGCUACUGGAAGUGCGUGAAGAGAGAGACGCUGAAGGGAGCGAAGGAGGCGCUGGGAAACACCGGCUGUCCCAUUUAACAAUAAACUUUAACACAUUUAAACAUCCCUAACCCUAACCUGAAACACCGGCUGUCCCAUUUAAGAUUUAAACAUUAACAUUAAAACAUUUAAACAUCCCUAACCCUAACCUGAAACACCGGCUGUCCCAUUUAACAUUAAAAUAUUAACAUUAAAACAUCUAAACAUCCCUAACCCUAACCUGAAACACCGGCUGUCCCAUUUAACAAUAAAACAUUAACAUUAAAACAUCUAAACAUCCCUAACCCUAACCCGAAACACCGGCUGAAACAUUUAACAAUAAAACAUUUAACAACAAUAAUACUCUGAACAUCUGACUCCACUAAACUAGGAUUUAAACCACUAUCUAGUGUGAACGUUUUACAGAUCAAGAUGUUUUUAUUAAAUCUGUGGUUCUGGUUUAUUUUGCUUUGCAGUUAAUUCUAUAUUAAUUCUAUCCACUCUGCUGAUUUAAAGUUCCUCUGUAUAAACCUGAUUAAUAAACCUGAUUAAUAAACCUGAUUAUUACUGUUUAAACGCUAGAAUGGGCCAAUAUUUGUUUUAUUUCACUUGUUCCACCCGUGAAACUUUAAUAAAACAUUAAUAAAGAGUUGAUUUCUGGCGUUUUAACUGCUGGGAUUCCUCCAGUAAUCAGAUUACAAGUACGAACAGCAUUUACGCUUCAGUUCGGUUGAAAGAAUCAACUCUCCGUGAGCUUUAUGAUUGUUCUGCUUUUUAUUCUUUAUUUUCUGAUUGUUGUGGGUUUUUAUUCUUUAUUUUCUGAUUGUUGUGGGUUUUUGUUCUUUAUUUUCUGAUUGUUGUGGGUUUUUAUUCUUUAUUUUCUGGUUGUUGUGGUUUUUAUUCUUUAUUUUCUGAUUGUUGUGGGUUUUUAUUCUUUAUUUUCUGAUUGUUGUGGGUUUUUGUUCUUUAUUUUCUGAUUGUUGUGGGUUUUUGUUCUUUUCCAUUUAUCAAUAAAGUUUUUCUAAAAAGCUAAA